CAAGGAUCAUGGAUCCUUUGAAUCAACGCCACAAAGCUCAAGACAUCGCAUCAUUGAUCCAAGGAUCAACGUCUAUGAUUGUGAUUGAGAGCGAGGGACUAUUCAACGGUUGUUUGCGCUAGCCCACCCCUGAUUGUCUCUUCCCCGUUUUACUUUAGUCUGAAAUAAGACGGAAUAAAUAAAUCAAUAACAUUCGCCAAGAACUCUUUCAGAGGAAAAAGAGAGAAGAGAUGGCCAUGGCAAGCUUAGCGAGGAGAAAGGCAUAUGUUUUCGCUCGAAAAAUCUCCAGCUCGCCAUCGGAUGCUGCACUCAGGUACUCUCUAUCGCUUACCAGCUUUUCCAGGGGGUUCGCAUCGGGAUCUGAGGACAACGACGUCGUCGUCAUUGGUGGAGGUCCCGGCGGCUACGUGGCUGCCAUUAAGGCGGCUCAGCUCGGUCUCAAGACCACCUGUAUCGAGAAGAGAGGGACCCUCGGUGGCACCUGCCUCAACGUCGGAUGUAUCCCCUCUAAGGCACUUCUCCAUUCAUCACACAUGUACCAUGAGGCCCAGCACUCAUUUGCCAGCCAUGGGGUGAAGCUCUCUUCUGUUGAAGUUGAUUUACCCGCCAUGAUGGCCCAGAAAGAUAAAGCCGUGGGUAAUCUCACUCGAGGCAUAGAGGGUUUGUUCAAGAAGAACAAAGUAACUUACGUUAAAGGGUAUGGAAAGUUUGUGUCUCCCACUGAAGUUUCUGUGGACACCCUGGAUGGUGGAAAUACUGUUGUUAAUGGAAAAAAUAUCAUAGUCGCCACUGGUUCUGAUGUCAAAUCUUUACCUGGGAUCACAAUUGAUGAAAAGAGAAUUGUAUCAUCAACUGGAGCUUUAGCUUUGUCAGAAAUACCAAAGCGACUUGUGGUCAUUGGGGCAGGCUACAUUGGGCUUGAAAUGGGCUCAGUGUGGGGCCGACUUGGUUCCCAAGUCACUGUUGUUGAGUUUGCCUCUGAUAUUGUCCCAACCAUGGAUGGUGAAGUCCGCAAGCAAUUUCAGCGUAUGCUUGAGAAACAAAAGAUGAAAUUCAUGCUCAAGACUAAGGUUGCUGGUGUUGAUACUUCGGGAGAUGGAGUGAAGUUGACCCUUGAACCAGCAUCUGGUGGCGAUCAGACUACACUUGAAGCAGAUGUUGUUCUUGUCUCUGCUGGUAGAACUCCAUUCGCUGCUGGACUUGGUCUGGACAAGAUAGGAGUGGAAACUGAUAAGAUGGGGCGAAUUUUAGUUAAUGAGAAGUUUGCUACGAAUGUGCCUAGUGUAUAUGCUAUUGGGGAUGUAAUUCCAGGCCCUAUGUUAGCUCACAAGGCAGAAGAGGAUGGGGUUGCUUGUGUGGAGUUCAUAGCUGGUAAGCACGGUCAUGUGGACUAUGAUAAGGUUCCAGGAGUUGUCUAUACACACCCUGAGGUAGCAUAUGUAGGAAAGACUGAGGAGCAGGUGAAGGAGCUUGGUAUUGAGUAUCGUGUUGGAAAGUUCCCUUUUUUGGCUAAUAGUCGGGCCAAGGCAAUUGAUGAUGCUGACGGUAUAGUCAAGAUAGUGGCUGAUAAGGAAACGGAUAAAAUAUUGGGAGUCCAUAUAAUGGCACCCAAUGCCGGGGAGCUCAUUCAUGAAGCCGUGCUGGCCAUUAAUUAUGGUGCAGCAAGUGAAGAUAUAGCACGGGUUUGCCAUGCACAUCCUACAAUGAGUGAAGCAUUGAAGGAGGCUGCCAUGGCAACCUAUGACAAGCCCAUUCACAUCUAAAAUUCUGGCUAUUACUUGGAUUCUUGUUUUCAUUUUUUUGUUCCAGAAUUUUGGAUCGACUGAGCAAAAGCUUUUUAUGUUUUCCUUUUAGCGUCUUCUUUGGAACAGAUGGGAGUGUUUGAAAGGGAAACCUGCUAUUCUCAACUCCUGUUACUUAUAAUCACACCAUAACUCCCAGAUGUUUUAUCGUCUGUGUGUCAAUAUGCCUAAUAAUAGUAGAAGAGAAUGUUGAACUACUGAGUGUGACAUUGAGAGGCAUUUUCAUUGUAUGUUGAACUGUUUUUGCCAUUAUCAUUGCGAUGUUUCUUUUACUGA